AUGUCGUCCAACGAUAACUCAUUUGUUAAAAGUGAGAAAGCUAAAGUUAAAAAAAGAUUGUAUACAGUUACAGAUGAACCAGAAAUUAAUGAUGUUUUUGAGAAAGUAAAUAAGAUGAUUAAAAUACAAGAGAUUGAAAAUAAUAAAAUUUUUUCUAAACUUUCUGAUAACGAGAAAGAAGUAUUAAGGAAAGAAUGGGUUGAUAGUAUCGUAUCUGUGAUAGAAACCUCUUGUUAUAAACUCAGAUACCUUAUCGAUGAUACCAAGAUUGUG